AUGGCGACGAUGUCGCUGGUAGAGCAUUCCACGAUUGCCGCCCAAAGCGGCACACAGGAGCCCCUGCUGCUGCAAGCCUUGAAUGGAGUACCAGUGCACAGGCCGCCUGUGUGGAUGAUGCGCCAGGCAGGCCGCUACAUGAAGGUGUACCAGGACCUGUGCAAGAAGCACCCCACCUUCAGGGAACGAUCAGAGAACACAGACCUUGCGGUGGAGGUGUCCCUGCAGCCUUGGAGGGCCUUCAAGCCGGACGGAGUCAUCCUGUUCUCGGACAUCCUGACCCCCCUCACGGGCAUGAACAUCCCCUUUGACAUCGACACUGGCAGGGGACCCAUCAUCCACGACCCCAUCCGCACCAUGGAGCAAGUGAACCAGGUGACGAGGUUAGAGGCCGAGGAGGCAACGCCCUACGUCGGGGAGGCGCUGCGGGCGCUACGGGCCGAGGUCGGCAACGAGGCUGCAGUGCUCGGGUUUGUGGGCGCGCCGUUCACGCUGGCGUCGUACAUAGUGGAGGGAGGCUCCAGCAAGAACUACACCCACAUCAAGCGCCUGGCAUUCACGCAGCCGGCCGUGCUGCAUGCGCUGCUCAGCAAGCUGGCCGACAACGUGGCCGACUACAUCCGCUACCAGGCGGAUGCAGGGGCACAGGUGGUGCAGAUCUUUGACUCGUGGGCUUCGCAGCUUUCGCCUCAGGACUUUGAGGUCUUCUCCGCUCCCUACAUCAAGCAGAUCAUCGCCGACGUGCGCAAGACGCACCCGCAGCUGAAGCUGAUCCUGUACAUCAGCGGCAGCGGGGGCCUGCUGGAGCGCAUGGCUGCCUGCCAGCCGGACAUCAUGUCCAUCGAUCAGCACGUCGACCUCCGCGAUGCCAUCGCGCGCAUCGGCCCAGACUUCGCCGUCCAGGGCAACAUGGACCCCGGCGUGCUGUUCGGCUCCAGGGAUGUGAUUGAGCAGCGGAUACUGGACACCGUGCGCGCCGCGCAGGGCACCCGCCACGUCAUGAACCUGGGCCACGGUGUCCUUGUGGGAACGCCUGAAGACUCCGUCGCACACUUCUUCGAGGUGGCACGCACCGUGCACGAGCGGUUGUGA